AUGGGUAACUUAACUUUGCAUGAAACAAUUGAUUUUGUUAAUCCAAAUGUUUCUCUGUUUCACUACACUUUUGAGUGCCGUAACAAGAUUGACUACCGCAAUGGCUUCUUUGCUAUCAACUACCAUUGUGGAAAAUACAAUACCUCUGUUUUCAACUACUCUAACGACCUUACUGCUAUUUAUUACUGUGGUGUGAGUUUUGGCCAGGGUCUACUAAGCCUGUCAAAUGCAACAAAUCUUACAAUUUUCGACUGUGGGGAUUAUAAAAUUACUUUUAACAACUCUUCGUUAGAAGCUUUCACAGAUGCCUACCACUGUGGUUAUUAUUGGGCUACAAAGAAGGAUGGCUUUGCUAAACGUACAGCUAAGAAAAGUGUAGAAACCAUAGUUUCGCUAUUUCAGUCUCCACUUAUAACAAGUUUAGUAGGAUUGGCUCUUACCAUUUUGGCUGCGCUAUUUGGGCUUCCCCACUAA